CCGUUUAAGUAUUAUAUUACCUCUUGUCUUAAUCUCUCAAGAGUUUGCUGCUGUUGCCUCACUCGAAAAACUUCCAAGCUCUCUAACAAUUUUUUUGCAGGAAGGAUGUCAAGCUCAAACAUUAUCAUGUUUGAAGAUAUUUUUGUUGUUGACAAGCUAGAUCCUGACGGAAAAAAAUUUGACAAAGUGACCCGCAUUGAAGCACAUAGUCAGAACUGUGAUAUGUUCAUGCACCUUGAUGUGAACACUGAUGUAUACCCCAUGUUCGUGAAUGACAAAUUCACAAUGGCUUUGGCCCAUACGCUGAAUCUGGAUGGGACACCUGACACAGGCUAUUAUACUCAGGGAGGGAGAAAAACACUUGCUGACAAAUAUGAAUAUGUCAUGCAUGGGAAGCUAUAUCAGAUUCAAGAGGAAGGAUCAAGGAGGGCAACUCGAACGGAGAUGGUUAUUACAUUUGGUGGGCUUCUGAUGUUGUUGAAGGGAGAUCCUUCAUAUGUCUCUCAAUUCGAGCUUGAUCAGAGGCUAUUUUGUCUGAUCAGGAAGCUGUGAAACUCAGUAAUAUGUCCCUAUGUUUUCUGAACAUCACAAUCCAAUGUUCCUCAAAAUGUUGGUGGAUUUAGUUUUCUUGUACCAUACUUAUUCUAACGAAUCUAUGUAGGGUUGUCCACUAAAACUGGGGUAUAUUUCCUAGAUUGGAUCGUACUAUCUGUGCUGCAUGAUAUUGUGUUCUCUCUCGAAAACCUGUGUCUAUUUGGUAAUUGUGCCCGUGCCUCUU